CCCAACGACUCUCUUCAACGAACCUUUCUUUUGCCUCCUUGCGUCAAACCUCUCCGCCCUUUAUCCGCUUGCUCUCGUGCUCUGUCAGGAAUACCCUCUCUAUUUGACCUUGACUCACCGCCCAGCCACCAAUAUGCCUCGUGAGCCGCAAGCCACCGAACGUCCACCACCCUCUGCUCCCGAACAUCGUGUUCAGCGUAUCGGGGACCUGCUUGAACGGGAGUAUAUGCCGACGAGCGCUGGGUGGAAGAAACAGUCUUACGAGGACCUUUUCGAUGCCCUGUGCUAUGAUGCAACCAGAGAGGACGGAUAUAGAACACGGAUGCUCCGUUUGUUCUCCAUCGAAUAUUGUUGGGCAAGCGAAUCUGGCUUUCCUUAUGCCGAGAUCACCCUUAAGUCGGAGGACAUAGGUUAUUUGAAGAGCCACGAUAUGUGAACGCCAUUUUCGGACACGGACACAAGUAAGAUAAUGAAUUAGUUGAUGCCCUCCAAGGCGAGAACAGACAACGCAACCGAGGAAAGCGAGUAGUCUUAUGUUCUUCCAGAAUUUUGCGUCAUCGUUUUUGCGCUGACUUGAUUAUCCUAUCAUCUAAAGUCCCCUUUCAUAGUCGACCAAGUUCGCUUACGGCCGGUAUCCGAAUUCCCGAUAUUGCGAUAGUUUUCUCUUAUAAACAUCCGAAAGCCGGAGCGGGGGGUUCGGAAUCCAAAUCAACAGAAAAAGAAGCAGAAGAUAAAAAUAAAUCGCAAUCCAUUUGGCUUGCUGCCGAAUUCAAGAUCUACCGACUUCGCAGCAAUGGUCUUUCCUCCAAUCCAUCCACAGCUAACAGUCUCAGUAAAGUUUGCCUAGGGCAAUGUCUCAUGUAUUUGGAUGCGGGGUAUCAGAUGUUCCACUUGCUCCGGGCUUUAGCAGUCUGUGGUACCAGAUUUGCCAGAGUCUGGACACUUUCUGAUCAUCCUGAAGGUAGGACCUUCGCAGUUGAAACCAGUCGUCCUCUUGGCAAUAGCGGCCCUAUGGUUGCUGCCGACUUUUUUAGCCAAGUCAAUCUCGACCUCUUUCCGCACAAUCUCAUCAUUCCAUCACCUUCCAUGGACAGUUUUGCCGUCGACUACCGGAAAUGUGAACUUCUCGAGCGCACUUUAUCUCGUGUUUGCGACAGUAUCCUUUCGCAUACUAUCGAAUCAGCUCUCCAACCCCGCUAUGAGGGCACUUUUGACCAUGGCACAGAGGCUGAUCCUUCUGCCUUCACAACCCAAUUACUUCGCGAUGUUGAAGAGUUUGCUUGCCAAGCUCGUCCCACACUCAAGAAGAGGAGAACGGGGAAAGAGGAAGUAGCCCAAGGCAGAACAUUUCAACGUAGGGAUAGAUUCGGUGAUGGUUCAAACCAAGGCAGAGACGGUGAUAAUGGAAAAGGUCCAAGGAGUGGUGGUGGAAAGCAGGCGAGACGGGGUGGCUCUGGCCAAAAUAGCCAAACUAAGGGCCGAGUUCAAGGUGGCUCUGGCCAAAGUGGUCCAAACGAGGACCAAGUUGGUACAAAAGACAAUGGUGGGUGGGAAGAUGGUGUGGGAGAGAACGAGAGGAGUUUGGAUCCAUUGCUCAAGGUCGUCGAGAAGGAGGAUCAGAAACAAUAUUUCGCCAAGUGGCAAAGCCAACUGCCUUCAUCGCCUUCCUCUUACUAUCCCUUGCCAUCCGAUGAUGACCUGAACAAAGACAAGGAGGCUAUAUUUAUCGAUUAUACCAAUACUAUAGGCCGUUUCAACUUAUACUAUCAGGUCUCAUUUAUCACCAGGGCUGUAGAGAUGCUCAAGAUGGAGAUUAUCCCUAUAUCAACUGCAAGGAUGGACAACCUUUAUUCUGGACGGAUUACCUCCCAGCAUGUCCUCGCGGAUCCUGGCUGGGACGCUGCCAUCAGCGAACCGUUUUCCUCAAGGGCUCUGCAGACCCUACACUGUAUACCAGCCUAGUUGCCGUACAUUCUCCUUGCCAAGCGUACUGCUCCAGUCGUACAACGUUUCGACACCAUCUACGCUCUCUCUUGCGAUUCUAUUCUUAUGCCCGGUUCUAAUGCUUUCCAUCAGGCGAUCCGUUUUUCAGUGACUGUGCUUGAAAUGUGUUUUUGGAUUUGAGAACGACUUUUCCUCUGAGUAACAGUGUUCCAUUACCGUGCCCCCUUUACCAUGACUAGCUUCCAGCUCUCCUCUUGUUAUCUGCCAACCAUAAGCUGCUCAGCUUCAAUACGUGCUCAAAAGUUCUCGCAUCUGCCAUUCUUUCGACUUUUCCCUCAUCAUCUUGCAUCACAAAUCGGCUAUUGUCCACCUUCCUUUUCAUAUUACCUUGACCUCAUAAUGUUCGCCCAUCGUCGUAUUUACUACUCGUACAAAUAAUCCGGUAAGGAUUUAUUUGCGUUUCAUUCUAGUAAGGAGGAUGGGUGAAUCAGUUUUGGGUGGAGACCGAAUGAAAGAAACGAGCUUUAUUCCAGUCGCCAUCAUUAAACAAGACGGCUUUGGGCCGAUGACCUAUUGAAAGACGUACAUCGACAAUUCUAGUCUCAUUGCGUCAGUCGAAAGGAGCGCAAGAUGAAAAGAUGAAAUUUAGCGAGAAGGGCUGCAAGAUUGCAGCUGCGGUAGGGAUGAAUAGGGCAGGUGGGCAUAGGGCCGAAUUGAAGCUGGGUAAAUAAUAGUAUAUUACACUGCUGACAAAUCAAAGCAGAUACAAUUCCCGAACACCAUUCCCUUCCACUCCACUGUCCUUCCAUUCCCAUCCAUAAUUGAUUCUGUUGUUGUCCUACUCUCUAUCCGCUCGCCAUUCGCCCGUUUCCGAGCUGAUCUCUUCCCCUUCCAUCCCCAUCUAGCGACUUUCUCUCCUAUUCUCGGAGUCUGUCUUGUGGCCUGCAUUCGAUAAAAAUACUCUUGGCUCCAAGAACCCAUCAUCGAGCAUCGAGAGGUAGGUGUUGGUGUGCAGGGUAUACACUGUGGACGGAGGGGAAUUUGCAGGUAGUCCAUACUUAUCCUCCUAGCAAGAUAAAACGCUCACAUAUACGCAGUCUCUUCUAUCGUUCACCGCUGUUCGUUCUCCACCUUCCACACUCCCUUGCCUAUUCUCUCAUCAUCCUCACUACCAUCUUUACUUUCGCCUACUUCACCGACUCAUUUGUUCGACUUUCAAUGGCGGCGCAAACGUUAGAUAUAUGAUGUUAUAGAAGCACAGCGCAGUAUAAGCAUAAUGGGUGGCAUGAUACCGAGUAGAAGGGCAUGUGCGAGCUGGCUAUGAUAAAGCGAGAUGGGAGAAUGUUGUGAGACUGUUACUCUUCUCGUUGGCAUGACGCUAUCUGUCACAUUGCAUCUAUGAGUCCACGUUCAAGAGAAGUAGAGAAAGGACAUAGACCUACCAUACCUGACCAACUAUCGAGGCUCAGUAAGUCGGACAAUAUAAAAGAUAUCGGCACUUGGGGGAGCUGUGAGGAUUCUUGGCCAACUCCGAGUCCACUUGAGAAGCUUGGCGUCUUUAUCUUUGAAACCGAGGAGCAGUUUGCUAAACGUGAGUCGCAUUGGCCGAGCAUUGAUCGGCCCUUCUGACAGUACUAUUGGGGAAACACUCUACGCCAAGGCUGAAGGCUGCAAGAAGCUCGUCGCCAAGUAUGGUAUGACCUGUCUCGUCCUCCAGCCUCAACCAGUUUGACGGAUGUCCCCAGGGCUCUAAAUGUGCUGAGUGGGCCGGGCGAAAGGCUUAAAAUUGGUUGCUCUCUGUUCCGAGCUUGGUAUCGACCAGCUCCAAGUUGGAUCUAACGAUUAUGCCGAGGCCAACGCCGCGCCUGAAGAAAAGACUGCCGAGGACAUGCGCUGACUCGCUGAGUUCAUUGCGAAGCAUAAUUCUCCUGUGAAGAUUGCUUACGAGUCUUGGUGUUUCUCCAAGCGAGUCAUCGACUGGAAGCACACCUGGAGAAUUGCCCAGCUCGGUGUAAGUCCUGUUUCUCCUCCACUUCAUUUAACGCCUAAUAAAGGGAGUGGCGGAGGAAAAGUGAGAAGCAACGUAACUUACGUAAGUCGGACGUUUAACCAGUAAGAGCGGAGGCAAAGAACGGAAGUAUUAUUAUUUGCACAGAGUACUGGUACUGUACUCGUGUAGUUAUACAUCAACCUAAUAAAAUAGAACACAAAACUGAUGUAACCUCAUUAACCUCA